UAACAGUUGUCUAAUGGUGCUGAUAUGUGAGACAGAUCUCAUUUUCUGUAAAUUCCAACACUGCAGUUAGAUGGACAUGCAUCCUAGAGACUUCCUUUGUGUCACCUCAGUGGAAGGCAGAAGAGGGAAGUUCUUGGUUAUUGGUACGAAUGUUUGUUUUGUGCUCCUGACCUUUCCUUUGUGCUAACUUCCCUCUUUCUCCUUUGUCUUAGAUGCUGUCAUUUUUUCAGGGAAUGUUUACUUUUUAUCAUCAGGGCCAUGAACUUGCCAAAGACUUCAAUCACUACAAAAUGGAACUACAAAUCAACAUUCAGAAUCAAUUAGGAAAGUCAGAGCGAAUUCCUUCAAUGUGUGAAGAAAAAGCAGUUCCUAACUGGAGUUCCAGAACUGUUGAAAAUCCUUGGAAUGUUACUACCUGCUUCGAUGGAACAACAUUCAUAUGUGAGGGGGUGCUACUGAGUUAUGGAGGAAGGACCAGAGGUUUCCGGAGACGCAGCUGCAGUGUGAUGGUGUUUUUCUCCAACAGGAUUUGA